AUUUGUUGAUAAGUUACAGAAUCACUACGUUGUCAAGACAACGCGUAAAUAUUGUCAGUUCAUGGCCCUUGGCUAAUGUCAGUGUAAAUUUGUCACUUAAAUGUAAUAAUCCUCGAUAAAAUGCCUCCAACAACGUCCAUCAAAAAAGUUUUAAAUACAAAAACUUUGAAAAAAAGUCGCCAAAGUAACACUCGCGUCGAGGACGGAGACGACUUAGAAGAAUGGAAAAAGUCCAAGCAGUUGUUACGCCCAAAAGACCAGCUCGAAUUAAGCGAAGGAGAAUUAAAAGACAUAAUCGCCCGACAGCUAGGAACAAAUGACCCUCUAAUUCCGCACAAUUUGGUCCAAUUCAACUAUGCCCAAGGAGGGUUCGAGCUGAUGCCACCUGCAGGCCCUAUGAUUGUUGUUUACGAAGCGCAAGGCACCCAAGUGCAUAAGGAAUCCGAGGAGGCGAAAAAACAAGUCGUUGAGCAAGGACUUGACCCUGCGAUUUUGGAAAUCAGCCAAAGUACCGAAACACUUGCGGUGGAAGAACCAAUCCCGGUAAUCCCCGAGGAAGUAAUUGAAGAAGUCGCAGCUGAAGAAAGUGAAAAACCGGAGGAGGAAACCGAAGCUGAGGAAGGCGAAGGUGAAGGCGAGGGCGAAGGAGAGGGUGAGGGCGAAGGCGAAGGCGAAAGUAUCAGGCCUGAGGAUGACGAGGAUAAACCGCAAACUGGAGGAAAACCGAAAAAAUUAACCAACCAGUUUAAUUUUUGCGAGCGCGCUGCGCUUACGUAUAAUAAUCCAAUGCGGACGCAGGAAACUCAAACUAUUCCUCCACCCAUGGGGACUUUCUCGGCUAAUGUUUUACAGUGGAUAAUUUACGAUGCUUACCAGGAGGAUUUUGAGGCACAGCAGUUGGAAAAAGAGCUUGAGAGGGAACGGAAGGAGAAGGAAAAAGCGCCGGUUUCCAGACACCAAGCCAUGGCCAAAAAACUGGUCGGGAAAGCGCAUCAGUUGAGCGAAGCGGUCCAAGGACGGGUCUUGGAAUGUUGGAAGGUCUUGGAACGGAUGGUUAACCAAAAUACUUUCGAUGAUAUUGCAAAAGAUUACAGGUAUUGGGAGGACCCGUCUGACGAAUUUCGAGAUGAGGAGGGCACUUUGUUGCCUUUGUGGAAGUUCCAUUACGAUAAAACGCGGAAAAAUACAGUUACUGAUAUUGAGUGGAACCCACACUAUUACGACUUGUUUGCAGUUUGCUUCGGUUUCUUGGAUUUUAUGAAACCGCUAGAAGAAGGCGCUGUUUGUCUUUUCACUUUAAAAAAUCCCUCAUUUCCCGACUAUAUCUGCAUGACGGAUUCCGCAGUCAUGUGUGUCGAUACCCACCCUAAAUAUCCUUACAUGGUGGUAAUAGGAUUAUAUGAUGGUAGUGUUAGUGUUUACAACGUUCAAGCCACUUGUAAACAACCUGCCUUUAGAAGCAAUAAUGUCACAAAUAAGCACAGAGGCAUUGUGUGGGAAGUUAAAUGGGCACCUGAUUUGCCCGACGGUGAAAUGAAUUUUUACUCGGUGUCGGAGGAUGGUAAAAUCAAUAACUGGGUUUUAAUGCAAAAUGAUUUAGCGGUGACGACUAUUAUUACCCUGUUUUUGGCCAAAGAUGAAGUUUUUGGACCCGAUGGAACGAAAUUAAAAGUGAAAGGUUGCGCUUCAUGUGUUAAGUUUCAUCCUAAACAACCUCUCAUUUAUUUGGUUGGCACGGAAGAAGGCCAUAUCUACAAAUGUAGUACUGCGUACAGUUCUAUGUUUCUCCUAACUUACGAAGCACACCACAUGCCGGUCUAUAGAAUAGAUUUUAAUCGGUAUAAUUCUGAUAUUUUUAUAUCGUGUAGUGGUGACUGGAGAAUUAAAAUUUGGGAGGACAACAGAUUGGAGCCACUUUUCGUUUUCGAUGUUGGCGCUUGUGUUGGCGACGUAAAGUGGGCCCCUUAUUCCUCAACUGUCUUUGCAGCAGUAACGAGUGAAGGCAAAGUCUACGUUUUUGAUUUAAACGUAAAUAAAUACAAACCGAUUUGUGUCCAAGCAAUUGUAUCCAAACGGAGAAAUAAACUGACACGGAUUUCCUUCAAUCCGAAAUUGCCUAUUAUAAUUGUUGGAGAUGACAAGGGUUGUGUACAAACUUUAAAAUUGUCACCCAAUUUAAGAAUUCCUUGUAAGGCCCCAAAGAAACAACAACAUUUGGAUCAAUGGACCCUUCAAUGUAUGAAGUUGGACAAAUUGCUGUCGCUAGUGAGGGAACCAGGAGCGUUAGAUCUUCCCGAGGAUACGGCAGAGUCAAUAGAGUCAUAAGCGUAUUUUAUCGGUAAACUUUAUUAACAUUGAAUAAACUUCUACAUAAAUAUCUAAACAA